CCGUCCGCGUAGCGCGUCUCGCGUAACUCAACUCUCCAUUGAUCAUAACGCAACUUGUGAAAUAAAUGUGCUGUGUCAAUAAUGUUGUGGUGUUAGUGUAAAGUCGGCUCGCUGACAGGUUUCCGUACGCCCGUGUGUCGACGUUGUGUUGCAUGAGUGAUCCUAAUGGCGUGUUGGGAAGUGCGCGGGACGGACGCCACUCACCGGCCAGCACUGAACAGCUAACAAAAUGCGAGAAGGAACCAGACUGCGUGGCGAUAGGUAGCAGACUGCGAGGCGCCAUGGGCACGCGACCGCCCGCGUCCUUCUGGCCACAGCUAUGGGCAACCGUGGUUCGGAACCUGCUGCUGAAGAAACGCGACACCAGAAAGACCCUCGCAGAAGUUCUGGUUCCUCUGUACUCCCUCGGCGUGUUAAUAUUCCUCAAGAUGCUGGUGCCGAACCCCAACUUUCCCGAAGUAAGCAAACCCGGUCGACUGCUUCGCAUCCAUCACGACGCGAUCUCGGAAAACCACUCCGUCGCUGUCGUCGCGGAUUGGGCCACUGCCAACGGGACUUUGGGUUUCUUAGAAGACAUCAAUACGAUGUUAAUUGAGUCGGCCCAGCAUCCGAUCAAUUGGAUCCGAUACAACACCACCGAGGAACUGAACGAUGCCUACCACAGCGACGCCAAAAGAUUUCCCCUCGCAGUCAUCUUCCAUACGGACCCUGGCAUCUUUGGAGAAACGCUGAGGUAUACCAUACGCACAAACCCCUCACGCGAUGGCGGCACGCCUUCAACCCGGACCCUAACAACAUCUCCAGCGAAGUGCCGAGAGAGGACCGGGUACAAAGACUGGUCUUCCGACUGGUCUCGAGGAGGACAGUUAAUACCAUUGUCAGAAAUGCAUAGAGAAGACCAGUGCCCUGUCCUCCAGUAUUAUUACACUGGAUUCCUAGCGCUUCAAACGUUGAUAGAUUUCGUUAAAAUCAAGAUAGACACCGGCAACAACUUUUUCCCGCCACGCGUAGAUUUUCGACAGUUUCCUAAACGUCAGCAUACUGGCGAUUGGCUGGUCAUCUUCAGGGUCAUCAUGCCUAUGUAUAUGGUGAUGACGUUAUCACAGUUCAUCACGUAUCUCUUAAUGUUUGUGGUUGGAGAGAAGGAGAAGAAGAUUAGGGAAGGGAUGAGGAUAAUGGGGUUAAAGGAUAGUGUUUAUUGGGGUUCCUGGUUUUUAAUUUAUGCCGUCUUUGUCACUAUUUUGUCUCUCGUCAGCACCGUGCUUCUAUUUACUUUAAAGGUGUUCCAACAUUCGUCUUACAUUCUAAUUUUUCUACUGAUGUUAUUGUUUGGAUUCACUAUUAUAACAUUUGCUUUUAUGCUUACACCGUUCUUCGAUAAAGCUAGGACUGCGGGUAUUCUAGGCAGCUUUGCGGUAAACUUGAUGAGUGGUCUGUACUUCAUCCAAGUGUUUGUUUCGAACGCUGACUCUCUCGCCUUCUGGUUCGUCUCACUAAUUAGCUCUAGCUGUUACGCUCUAGCCAUGGAUAAGGCUUUAGUACUGGACAUGGCAGGCGUGGGUGUGACGUGGGAGAACCUGUGGAGUGGGCCUGGUGUACCUUUCGGUGGCAGUCUCAUUAUGAUGGCAGUGGAUACAGUGCUGUAUGGCCUAGCCGCGUACUGGCUUGAUGCUGUCAUACCCAGUGAAUACGGCAUAAAGCAGAAGCCCUGGUUUUGUCUGCUGCCGUCUUUCUGGAUGGGCAGCAGGCGGGGUCGCGUCUCUGCCAUUCACUUGCACUCCAACGGUGACACUGCGCAUAAUAAGGACAUCGAGCCGGUACCUAAAGAGCUGCUAGAUAAAGAAGCCAUCAGGAUCGUAGGACUGCAGAAGAGCUUUCGUCACUGUAGACGACCAGAAGUUAAAGCGAUUGAUGGCAUUGACCUCAGCAUCUAUGAGGGGCAGAUUACCGCUGUACUGGGCCACAAUGGAGCUGGGAAGUCAACCCUUUUUAAUAUCCUCACUGGCCUUACUGCACCUACAAAUGGAACUGCUUAUGUUUACGGAUUGGAUGUUAGAGACCCAAAUGAUAUGCACGAGAUACGUCAAAUGAUUGGGGUGUGUCCUCAACAGGAUGUUCUAUUUGAUCUGUUGUCUGUCAAGGAGCACCUUCAAUUCUUCGCAGCUGUAAAAGGUAUACCACGGAAUAGGAUAUCAGACGAAGUUCACAAAGCGGUGUCUGAAGUUGGACUGCUUGACCAGAUGAUGGUGUUUUCAAAGCAUCUAUCUGGAGGGCAGAAGAGGAAACUUAGCAUAGCAAUAGCUUUUAUAGGAGACCCUAAGAUAAUAAUACUUGAUGAGCCAACGGCAGGAGUGGAUCCGGUAUCACGGAGACAAACAUGGCGAAUUCUGCAGCGCGCACGUCGUGGAAGGGUCUUGUUACUGACCACACAUUUCAUGGAUGAAGCUGAUAUCCUAGGGGACAGGAAAGCUGUCAUAAGUAAAGGCAGGGUUCGUUGUGCUGGAACUUCAUUGUUUUUAAAGAACAAAUUUGGCAUUGGAUAUCAUUUGACGUUAGUUUUAGACGGUGCGUGCCGCGAGCAUCAGAUUACUAGGAUGGUACGAGGCCACGUGCCACGUGCUGAGAAGGCCCGACGUCACGGCCGUGAACUUUCAUACAUCCUGCCGCAUUACGCCGUGCACCUGUUUCCCCCGCUCUUCCAGGCCAUCGAGCAGGAAAUACGCGAGAAGAGCAACCGGCUCGGUAUCACAAGCUAUGGAGUGUCCAUGACGACGCUUGAAGAAGUAUUCUUAAGUCUGGAAGGUGAAAAUGCAGAGGAAACGGAGGCUGUAGAAGGUGUGUCAUCUGUAAAGUUGGUGCGGGCUCGAGCUCUAUCUAGGAGUUUAUCACUUCAGAGCAAGACUUUGAGUUAUCAGGAAUUGAAUGACAAAGAUCAACAGAAAACAACGUCUCUGCCGACACCCCCAGCGUCACAUGCAUUGCACUCUACCAAUCAUGGUGUAGAACAUGUUAAGGUAAAUAAGGUCACACCAGAACCCCCGGUAUCAGCAGAUGUUCUUGGAGAAAUAGUAAAAACAAAUCAGUCGUGUUGGCGGACGUUUUGCGCACUCGUCUACAUACGCACCGUGCGCAUGAUCCGCGACCCAUACAAGCUUUAUGUUAUGAUCUUCAUGCCUAUUAUUUCCUGCGCUUUAGGUCUCUACAUGAAAUCGAGACAAAUAGUGUUUUUUCGGAUGCAGCCGCUCAAAUUGGACCCCAAUGCCUACUUCAAUAGAACCCCAAUUGCCUUGUUUAGUGAACAGGCCAAUUUGAAAGAAAUAGAGGACCUCCAGGACUCAUUAGAAACUUUAGGAGCGUAUCCGAUAGACUUUUUUGAUGGAAACUUUUCUAGUCUUUUAGAUAUGGAGAACUUUGGUGCUUUCAGCUUAAAAGACACACUCAUUCCUUUUGGGAAAAUAAUGGCCUAUUACAAUAGUACUUACACACAUAGUCUGCCUAUUAUAAUAAAUUUAUUGGACAAUAGCAUUUACAGGGUACUAAUGUCAGCAUCCGGUCAGCUUGAUAGCUUUAGGCCAAUAGAAGUGCUGACACAUCCUUUUCAACAAACUGAGCAACAGGAAGAAUUUAAUCUAGGAAAUGUUGUAUGCGCCAUCUUUAUGGGCAUGAUAUUCGCCUUGGUUCCUGUUACACUUGCUGUAGAUAUUGUUUAUGAUAGAGAGAUAAAAGCCAAGAACCAGUUGAGGGUCAACGGUUUAUCAAUGAGCAUGUAUUUUCUAACUUACUUCACAAUACUCAUUUUUAUUAUGAUCAUCACAAGCGUGGGAGUUCUUUGUCUUGUAAUCCUCAAUGAUAUACCCAGUUUGACAAAUGGCUCAGCGAUUACUAUGCUGUCUGGUCUUCUUAUUCUCUAUAGUCCAUCGGCCAUUUUGUUCAACACAUGUCUCUCUUACAUCUUUGACAAAAUGGAUUCCGCUCAAAGUAUCAUGCCUAAUAUAACCACAUGGGUUGGAGUUAUACCAUUUAUAUUAGUCGCUGUGUUAGACACUUUUAAAUGGGGUAGCAAUAUUGCAUUUUAUCUUCAUUUGGUGUUCAGUUUUUUGGAUGUUAUGUACAUACCGUAUGCCAUCAUAUACUAUGUUGAUAGGGUAUACUUAACUUGCAACCUUCGGGGCUUAUGCACAGUGCCCGAUCUGGCGAGCUACUUCACAGCGGAGGUGUGGGUUCUGAUCGUGGCAAUGUUAGUACACGUGCCUAUAUGCGGUGCCGUGUUGUUGGCUGCCGACCGGCUGAAGUCCGGCGGGAGGAUAUGUCCUCAUAAAAACAGUCCUCCGGAGAAGCCAGACAUGGAGUCGGAGGUGGGGGGAGAGCUGGGAGAGGAUGAGGACGUGCGACGCGAGCGACGCCGCGUGUCUUCUCUUCUUCAGUUGUCGCCGGAGAACACGCAGCAACCGCCUGCGUUGCUUGUACACAAUCUCCGCAAAGAGUACAAGCUCCGCGGUUCACGUAACGGCAACUCUUGCUGUGGAGGAGGGGAGCCGCUAAGACGUGCGGCGCUGGCGCGGCUGUCUUUGGCGGUGCACGGGGGGGAGGUAUUCGGUCUGCUGGGGCACAACGGCGCCGGGAAGACCACCACUAUGAAGAUCAUCACGGCGGAGGAGCGGCUCAGUUGCGGAACUGUAAUGCUGGACGGGCAGAACAUCGACGACGCCCAGUCAGGCCCGUUUCAGAUGCUCGGCUAUUGCCCGCAGCACGACGCACUGUGGAAGAACGUCACCCUCCGCGAGCACAUCGAGUGCUACGCUGCGAUCCGCGGCAUCAGCAAGGCUGAUACGCCGAGGAUUGUAGACGCGUACUUGAACGGGCUACAAAUAAUGGAGCACGCGGGUAAAAACGCCGAGGAAUGCUCCGGCGGGACGCGGCGCAAACUGUCCUUUGCGUUGGCCAUGGUGGGGAGUCCGCGCGUCGUGCUGUUGGACGAGCCGUCCACCGGCAUGGAUCCGAGGAGCAAGCGCUUCCUCUGGGACACUAUCCUGGCUAGCUUCCAGGGUAGAAAAGGUGCUAUAUUGACGACACAUUCCAUGGAAGAGGCUGACGCAUUAUGUUCUAGGGUUGGAAUUAUGGUUAAGGGAGGUUUAAGAUGUAUUGGUUCAACACAACAUUUGAAGAAUUUGUACGGCGCAGGAUAUACGUUGGAGAUGAAAAUUGGCCAGCAUAACCAGAAGCCUGUAUUAGAAACUGAUUUAUCAAUGACUCCGUCACCGCUGCGGUCGCCUGACAACUCUCCGUCACUAGGAGAGGCAGACGAAGGAUCUGGAGGGGGUUCAGCGACGGCCGAGGCGGAGGCCGAGGGGGAGGUUGAGGCGGAGGGGGACACCGUGGACGUCAGCAUACACACGCCGCUGGUCGGCAACACGCCGUCUAUUCGGCUACACCAUCAUCGUACGGAGUCCUCUGGCGGUGCGAGCGCGGAGGCAGCCAUCGCGCUGGUAGCCCAGUUGUUCCCGGCCGCCACGCUGGAGGAGAGCUUUGCAGAGCGGCUCGUGUUCUCCGUGCCGCAGUGCUCCGUCUCCAGCCUUGCGCGAUGCUUCCAGCAGAUCGAAGACGCAAAGGAGAAGUUGAACAUCGUGGAGUACAGUUUCAGUCAGACGACCCUGGAACAGGUGUUCCUGAAGUUUGCGCAGACUGAAAACGUCGAGUCUUCAGACCAAGAGCAUUAGGAAACCGUGGAUAGUUUAAGGCACCUAGAGACGUUGGCUUUAAGAUUUUUAACAACUUCUUUACCAUCAACUUUUUGCAAAGGUGAAACAUUUCCAUUCACAACUGGAAAAUGUUUGUGUGAUAAACAUGAAUAGUUUUUCAGUGGAUGGGUGUUUAUCUAUAUAUUAUGAGUAUUCAUAAAAAUAUUCAUCAGUUAUCUUAGUACCCAAAACACUAGCUACGCUUACUUACGGGCUAGAUGGCGAUGCUUGCACUGUCAUAGUGUAUUUAUUUACUCCUUCCCAAAAUGCGUAGAACCAUAUCGUCGUUUGCACCAAUACCGCGUAAGUUAUUUUGUGAGCAAAUUGCCGCGAAUGCACGUAUACGUUUACCUAGCUUAAGAAAUUGUGCAUUAGUAAUUAAAGUAAAAAAAUCAGUUCCUUAACCAAGUGGACUUUUUGUUUCAAGAAUAUUAAAAACUGGUUCUGAGAAAUUAGCAAAAGUUUACUUAAUAUUUAAUAAGUUAGAUGGCGAUGCUUGCACUGUCAUAGUGUAUUUAUUUACUCCUUCCCAAAAUGCGUAGAACCAUAUCGUCGUUUGCACCAAUACCGCGUAAGUUAUUUUGUGAGCAAAUUGCCGCGAAUGCACGUAUACGUUUACCUAGCUUAAGAAAUUGUGCAUUAGUAAUUAAAGUAAAAAAAUCAGUUCCUUAACCAAGUGGACUUUUUGUUUCAAGAAUAUUAAAAACUGGUUCUGAGAAAUUAGCAAAAGUUUACUUAAUAUUUAAUAAGUUUACUUAGGCGGUCCUAUCAUGUACCUAUUUCUUUUUGUUAUCCUAAGCGUAACUGAAAUUGUAUUAAGACACGCAAAUCUAAAAAUGAGGUCGAGUAGGGUCUUCUAAAAGUUAAGAUGAAACCUUAAACCAAAUGUAUGGCUUGUCGUUGUCUAGGACCGCCUACGAUAAAAAUCUUUGACUAACUGCGCUUCGGGAAGAAUUUCAAAUUAAUGAUAAACUAAUAUUUAUAUUCAGUUAUGAGAGGAAAAAGGACAAUUCUACUGUUAUUUGUGAAUCAUAGUAAAAAAUAUAUAGUAAAAGACUGUAUGAAAAAUAUGAUGUAUGAGCCCUCAGCCGCUCUGGAAGGUACACUAAGGUAAAUAAAUUAUAAUCAAGAAAACAUGUAAACAGUAGGCAGUAUUGUGUCGUUUAAUGACAUUUGAGUUUGAGAGAAAGAUCAUCUUAUGAAAAUAUAAAAGCGGGGCUUGCUUUACGGAAAUCCAUGAUAUACAAAGAACAUUAAGCUAAUUUGUUAUAAUCCGCGUAAAGCAGAAUAAUCUUUACGGUGCAAUUUAUAACCGUUUAUAAUUCAAAUUUCUUUAUUGCUAUUUUGGGUGGUUGAUUUACAGAUGUAUGAAGGAGAAACACCGCCAAAUUCCGCCUUACAACAUGCAAUAUUGCUGUAAGGCGGAAUUCGCAACGUACAGCUGUUCGCGGAAUAUAGAAAAUUAUCGUAAUUUUCUUCGUAUAUAAUGGAUUUCCGCAAAGUAAAGCCUGCUUUAAUAAGUUGAUAUUUUAUUGAUAUUGUCAAUAAUUUUCAUAAAGAAACGGUUGGAAGCCAAUAAGCAAAAUGGUCUAAACUUCAAAUUAUGAUUGGUGUGUUAUAAAGUCUUGUACUUACUUGUUUUCAAAAAUGCACUUUGCUAUAGCUCAUAUAAAUAAUUAUUUGCAGUGUGCGAAAUCCGGAAAAUAUAUAUUUUUGAAAACAUGCAGAGGUAUUUAAAUCCGUAGAAAAAAUCCUAAAGCUAACGUCGAACCGAUUAGUAAUUUUGUGCUUUUUGAAAAAAAAAAUGUAAAAUAAUGAAUACGCUUCUGGUAUAUUCUGUAGUUUAUUUCUUUAGGUUUCCUUGGGCUUUUUUGUAUGAAGUUUCCAGUUGAAGAGAGAAAAAUAAUUAGGUGUUGUAGUAAGUAAUAAUUAUUAAGAUAGGUUUAUAUUAUUAAAAAGUCACGUCACUCAACAUUGUUUGUGAAAUUUGGAUCUUGCUGUUUGUUAAAUUGGGCUUGGAAAAGUUUAGUUUUAAUCGUUUUAUAGAGUGAAGGGACGUUAAGUGUCGUGGCUAAUUAAUAGUAAUCUCUAUCUUUCGAUUAACUUUCAUCGAGUUAAAAUGUAUUUAUCUAUAUACAGGUUGUUUAAAAUUGUAUAAUAUGUUAAAUUGACUGCAACAAACUUAUUAUGGCUGUUUAUUUAACUUAGAUAUUAUAUAUCAGACUUUUUCAAGAAGGCCUAGUUGGUAGAUUUUAUUUAUAUUGGAAUUGCAGGACUUACAUUUUUAAAAUAAGAAUUGCUGCAUAAGGAAUUUAAAGACUGAAGUUUGCGUGCUUAUUUCUUACCGUCUAGUCAAAUAUUUAUUAUGGUGUCAUUUUCAAUGCGAUGAUUUUUUUUUAAACAUAGCUUAAAAGAAUAAAUGUCGGUCUUUUAAUACAAAUAAUAAAUGUAGUAGUUUUAAUUUUUUAUUUCAAAAAUACUUAAUCAAAUAGAAGGAGUAGGUUAGUUACGGUAUUAUAUAAAUUAAACAAUCUGUAUAAAGACGUAACCUUGGCGUUAUGAUGAAAGUAGGAAUAUGGAUACUAGGUCGUGUUGAUACUUUGUAAAUUUUUUUAUAAUUUGAUAUUUUAGUAGCAACUUUUAUAUACCGAGUAGAAUCAGACAGCACUAUGUUUGUAAUGAUGUUUGCUGUGGCUUUGCAAUUUAUACUCUUAUGUUAGUUGCAUUGUAGGUUAUUUAAUCUGAAAAUGAAAUUAUAACAAAUCUAAGAAAACAUGUAUGAAACAGCGCUAUGGUUCUCUACAAGGAGCAUUUUGAAAUAGAUAGCUCAAAGUACGAGCAAAUUACCAACAGUGGUGCUAAAAAUUAUAAAUUUCUUCUAAACAAAGUUGUCAGGUCUAAAAGUAGUUUGAUCUAUUUGACAUUGUUCUUUCAAUACAAAGUUCAAAUAAUACAAACAUUAAUGGUAAGAAGGAUAUAGAAAUAAAAAUCUUUGAACAGAACUAAACUAACAGGUAUAUCAGAAGUUAUAUUCUUCCACAAAAGGAACAAUGUGAAAUAGAUCGCACUACUUUUAGACCUGAUAACUUUGUUUAGUAGGAAUUAAUAAUUUUUAGCACCACUGUUGGUAAUUUGGUCGUACUUUGAGCUAUCUAUUUCAAAAUGCUCCUUGUAAAGAACCACAGCACUGUUUUAUAUCUAUUUUAUUUUGUUUUCUCAUAUAUUUCGGUACAAAAAUAACGUAAAUGGUUUUGUAAAGUUAUUACAUUUUCAUUAUCAGAAUAAAUGCCUUAAUUACAAGUAUCUCCAUUAUUUUUCUUGAAAAUAGUGUAUCCACCAAUAUUGUUAAAGUAUAUUGGAAAAAAGCAGGCGUUACUGUGCUGAAUUCAAUAGUAUGCAUUUAACAUUUUGCUUGAUUUGCUAUAAUCUGGGUAAACAAUUGAAGCUUAAUGUUAGUUGUAUAUUUUAUCAAAGUCUAAACUCGAAUUAUCAAGUUAACGUCAGUCAUGACUUUCUAAAUAUUGGAUAGAAGCAGGCGUUACAGGCGGAAUUCUACGAUAAACUAUGAAAUUGAAGCUAAUAAUUUGCUGUACUCCGCGAAAAGCAGAAAAAUCUGUAUCGUGUAAUUUAUAAUUUCUUCAAUCUUUAUACU